ACUUGGUGGAAUGAGGAACUGUGUCAGUGUCACAGCACGGUCUGUAUGAGAGACAGACACACAGGUCUAAUGGUUUUAUAUUAUGGACGCAGUGCUGCUUAUAUUCACACACUCUCACACUUAUUUAUUGAAGUCAGCCAGCAGUUCUAAGGAGCAGAAAUGGAUUAUGGACGAAAGAGAAAGCUGACAUUGAUUACAAUCGGGCUGAUUUUCCUGCUGAGUGGAGUGGAAUAUGCCGUGAUUUUACCUACGAUCUGGCGUUUCCUGCAGACCCUUGAUGCUGCUCCGUAUUUUCUGGGUAUCAGUCUGUCAGCUUUCAGCUUCAGUGGCCUGCUGUCUGGUCCUUUAUUCGGCUUCUGGUCUGAUAGAACACACAGCACCAAGAAGAUCAUUCUGUUUGCCAACUGCUUUGAAAUCAUCGGUAACUUUAUGUACUUUAUGGGAUUUUCCAAGUGGCUGCUACUGAGCAGUCGUUUAGUUGCAGGAAUCGGGACAGGAGCCGGUUCAUCCAUUUUUGGUUUCUUGACCAGAAUCACGGCCCCUGAAGACCGCUCUACAGUGUUUGCUGCUGUCAUGGCCUGUAGACAAGCUGGUCUCCUGAUUGGUCCAGCCUUCAACAUUUUCCUCAGACUGUGUGACUUCCAGCUUGGGCCUUUUGUGGUGAAUAAAUACACCGCUCCUGGGAUCUUCAUGUGUGUAUUGUGGCUGCUGCUUCAGCUCAUUGUGUUACUGAUGUACUGGGAUCUCAGAGGAAGGAACGAGAGGUCAGAAGAAGAGAAGCAGGAAGAGGAAGAGAGGCUGUUGGUUCAACCUAAUGACCUCCCUGACUCGUAUGGAACACUUCACAACUCACCUGUAAUGGACCAGUCCAUCGCUAAUGGCAACUGUGCUCCUCCCUCCCCAUCUCUAGAAAAGAUCCACUCCAACCCUUUUAAACACUUCAGUGCUGCCCGAGAGUUUCUGAGAGAGGAGGUGGUGGUGCUGCUCACAGCUCAGUUCAUCACACUGUUCAACCAGACAGCACUGGAGACGAUGGUGACUCCACUGACGCAGCAGUACUUUAAUUUCGGUGAGUUGGAGAACAGUGUGAUGUACUGUAUGUGUGGAGUGGAGGUGAUUGCUGGCUUCAUCUUCGUCCGCUGGCUGAGCAGGAAGGUGGAGGAGAGGGUGGUGCUGUCCAUCGGCCUCUUCCUCGCCAACAUUUCCUGUGUCUGGUGUCUCAUCUUCCUCGCUAACCCUCAGGGUGGGUUCUCGUGGCAGUUAACGGAGUUCAUCAUCGGCGUGUUCCUGCAGGUGCUGGGUCUGCCCUUUAUCGCCGUCGCUCAGGUGUCUCUCUUCUCCAAAGUGACUGCUGAGAAAACUCAGGGUUUCAGUCAGGGAAUACGGCGCUCUGUUGGAGGUUUGGCCACUAUUCUGGGUCCAUUAUGGGCCGGAAGUUUGACCUCUAACCUUUAUGUGAUGCUGGGAGUGAUGAUGGGCUUACUGGCACUACUUACUAUUAUGAUGGCCUUCUCAUACAACCAGCUGGUUGAGCGCACUACAGUGGAGCACACUGAGGAAUGAGACACAACCCACACAGGAUGGUGUUUAAGGAGUGACGUUUAACACACACUGCUUCUGAUUGUGUAUUUCAGUAUGUAUUUCAUGUACAGACACCAGUAGAGGAGACGUGGAAUGAACGAGGUGUACAGAAUGCAGUGACCAUAAUAUUUAUUAUUUAUAUUAUUUAACUGCUACACUGAAAUCCAAAGCAAUAAAUUUAUAGGCUCGUUUUUCAUGUGAUGAACACACACAGCACAUACCGAUACACUCACAAUGUCCAGCUUUAUUAUAUCUGUUAUAACACUAUUUUAUAAACUUUCCUUGUUCAAGAUGCUUUAUUGCUUUAUUGGUUAUGGUUAGCCCCACCCCUUCAACUCUCAAUGCUUUUUAGCCAUUCAAUCUCUCUUCCCUCUCUAGACAUACUUUAGACAUGUACCUUUACCUGUAGCCUCUUAGCUCUCUGCAGCCAUCUACUUGGCCCUGCCCUCUUAGUUCUCUGAAGUCAUCCACCUGCCUCCUUCCUUAUCCUUCUGGAUCCACUCACCUGGAACCCACCCUCUAAGCUUUCAGGAGCUUAUCUGUUGACCCUGUCCCCUCAGCCAUUUGAAUCCAGCCACCUAGCCCCAGCCCCUUAGCACUCUGAAUCCAUUUACCUGGCCCUGCCCCAACAGAUCUCAGAAUCCAUCCACAUGGCCCCGCCCUUUUAGCACUUUGAAUCCAUCUACCUGCCCCUGCCCCUCUAAAUCCAUCCAUCCACCCUCUUAACCCCUCGAAGACCAUUACCCUGUUUUUUUUAUCACUUUGAUUUAGAUCUAUUGGCCUUUUGGAAUAAUCCAUCUGGCCCCGUCCACCUUUUAUACUGUAGAAAUAAUUAAAUGAUGAUUUGUAAUUACUACAUGAACGUAAAAAAAGUAAAUCAGGAUAUAAAUAUCUGUAUGAUGAGGGACUUAUGAAACCAUGACUUUAUUUUUAUUGUUGUAUGUACAUGUUAUUGCACUGCACACAUUUAGGGAUAUAUAUUUAUAUCUAUAAAUAGCUGAAAAAUACUAAUACAAAGUACAAAAGCAAGGUAUUUGGGACAGUCGUGAAAUGAAAUCAGUAAACUUAACAAGUAAAAAACUCAUUUAGUCACUUUACAACAAACAAUUUAAACAUAUUAUGAAUGUAAAUAUUAACUCAUUUCACCUCCUAUAGUUUCUGUCCCAACUGUAUUCCUUUUCUACAGCUACAUGUGAUAGGAAAGUGUGUGUCUGAUACUAUAUCUUAUUUUAAUCCUGACAAUACAGAAAUGUAUUAUUAAAAUAUGAUUUGUCAGACACCAUUUUUUACUUAUUCAUUUUUUUUAUUUCAAAUAAACGUAUAGUUUAUAAAGAUAAGUGGGUUUUAGAUGACGGUAUAUAAUCUAGUGCUGUGUUUAGUGUUAUUAAGGAGAGUCUGACAGAGUGAAUGCUCGCAUCGUACAAGAAAAGCACGGCCCUCAGAUCCACAAGCAGAAAUGCGUCAUUAAAUAUUUCAUUUCAAAAAUCAUCCAAGCGUUAAAAUAACAGCAGAUGUUACUGUUUCAUUUCGUUUUUUAUUUGUCUGUGGAUUUGCCCCAUUCAUCUUAAAAUAGUCAUCACUCAGCCACAAAAGCACAAUAAUAAAAUACAUUUUUUGUUGUCUAAAUUAUAACAUCACUCAGUUCAUAAUAAAAUGAUAAAAUACAAUGAGAGAAAGGUUUUUUGGGGUGACUCUAGGGAAAUAUUACUAGAAUUUCUUUAUAUAGGAAAGUUUUAUUUUUAUUUUAUUUUUUUAUUUAAAUUCUGUACAUAUACUGUAAGAGAA